GAAGAAAACAGUUUCAGAAGCUCUUUGCCCAACUCUAUGUUUUUAUUAUUGUAAAAUGUUGCCUGACAAGAAGAAACUAACUAAACACUCAACGGUGAGCGACCGAGAGGCAUAAAAAAUGUAUAAGAUCCUGUUUUGGUUUGUGAAUUUUUUGACAGUUUUUCUUUUUGCAUUUGGCGUUCCAGAAGAUGUUCUUUUCACAUCGCAUGUUAAGAAACAGAAGCCAACAAAUUAUUUAAAUUAUGCUGGCAAAACGUAUUAUUUUGGAAAUGUUUUUAGGGCUAACUUUUACGGUGCUUUUCAAUUUUGCCGUCAGCAAGGAAUGCAAUUGGUUAGUAUUAUGAAUGAUGCUGAAAACGAUAGAUUAGGAAAAUUUGCAGAUGAAAUAGGCUUACAAUAUGAACAUUUUUGGACUUCUGGAACCAACUUAGCCAAUCCCUACAGAUUUAUCUGGUUAUCAACUGGUAGCGCUAUAGUUUACAGUAAUUGGUACCCCGGUGAACCUUCAGGACAUAGCUCAGACGGAAAAAAUUUGACCGAAAAUUGUGUAGAGGCAACCAGACUAGCUGGGCCCAAAGGGCUCUAUUGGAACGACCGAUAUUGCUUUGACGAACUUAGCUUUAUAUGCGAAAAAUAUGGAAAUGAAUGUAGAAGAUGAAUAUAUUAUGUUCGCAGAACGUAAUAGACUGUAUUGUAUGUUAUUAUAUUAAGUAUUCAUUAACUUAUUGCAUAACUAUUCUAUCUCGAAGUUUUAUAGAUACUUGUAAAAUAAAGAUUGUAGUUAUAUGGUC